AUGUCUCUUGAACUCUCCAAACGCAAACGCGCUAAUAUAAAACGYAAUAUAUCACGUAUUAAAUCUAUAGUAAAGGGAUCAAAGGAUUUUGACGAAAAACCUUCACAUGCGGAGUUACAGUGCCGACUUGGAAUUCUAGAGUCUUACUUUAAGCAAGCACUCUUAGUCCAAGCUGAAAUUGAAGAUUUGGAUCCAUCAGAAACCGGUCGCGCAGAUUUAGAGGAUAGCUAUGUCACAGCCAAACUUUGCAUUCAAGCACAACUUGGGGACGAAGGAAACGUUACAAUWAAUUACCCCGAGACAACAGCUCCAACUUCUGUUUCCACGCCAACAUUCUUGCCAAGGUUGUCGCUGCCUACUUUUAGCGGGAAUUACGCAGAAUACAAAAACUUUAUUGCAUCUUUUACUCAACUUGUCGCUCGGGAACCUAGACUGUCAAAUAUAGAACGUUUCAAUUAUUUGUUGUCGUGUCUUAAAGGUUCAGCCCUGGAAACCGUAAGAGCCUUCCAGGUCACCAGCGAAAACUACCCGAAAGCUUUAGACAGACUCAGGGAACGCUUUGAUAAUCCCACUCUGAUUUUUUUGGAAGGAAUUGYCUCCUUAUUCACGCUGCAAACAGCCGAUAAAUCAAAUUAUCAACAGUUGCGUAGUUUGRUUGAUAAGGCAUCAGCUAUAUUCAGUUCGUUAGAAUCAUUGGGCACGAGCUCCAAUAUCGCACAAGCAAUGCUGAUUUACAUUGUUAUUGGAAAAUGUGAUCAGCAAACUCGCAACAAAUGGAAUGAAUCGCUAGACUACAAAUCGCUUCUAACUUGGAUACAAUGCACCCAAGUUUUAGAACGCCAUUGUCAGGUUUUGCAUUCAUCCGACUCUUCGUCACUCCGUAAGUUCACCAAACCAAUUCGGAUUACUACCCGUGGACAAAACUCAUCAUUCGCCAUCACUAAGCCUUCCUGUGUUCUUUGCUCUAGCGAUAAACACAAAAUUAUUGGGUGUUCUCAAUUCAAGGACAUGAACACGAAUCAACGCUAUGAUGCCGCCAAGAAAUACGACCUCUGUAUCAAUUGUCUGAGCAAUGGUCACAGAGUAGCUCAAUCCAGGGAAAAAGAUUUUAUGGCUGACGCUAUAACAAGGCAAAAUUUACAUGCCUUAGAAGAAGAUGUAUCAUCUAAUUUGGCCASUGUGGAUAGCAACUUAUCGUUGACAUACGUCAUAGAGUCCACGGACAAAUCGGAGUCUGCCGCUGCUUUCGAGAUCAAMUAA